CGUAGAAACAAAAUGGCGCUUGCAACGCGUCUUCAACAACCAGUAGAAGAUAAAACUCCUAUUGAUAUAACCAGUAAUCUGCCCUCGUUACAAUUUGAAAGCGCGUUAUCGAGUGCGGAGAAGGAGUUACAAUACCUUAGGAAGCGGGCACAUUGUCUGACUGUCACUUCUUGUGCACACGCCACUUUCCUGGUCUCAAUUCUAAAUGAAGCAAGGCAACUAAAAAAAAACUUAAAAAGUCCAUUGAAAAGAUCCAAAAGAAUAUUACAAGAUCCCAGUUUACGAGACCCUUUGAAAAUUGGCAUACUUGGAUGUGGGCGCCUAGGAAGUCAGCUUGCCCACAGUUUGAUCACAUUUGGAAACAUUGAUCCUGAAGACAUUAAAGUUUCAACUAGGAGACCAGAAACAUUAGAGUACCUGUUAAACAAGGGUGUUGACUGUUUCCACGACAAUGUCAAGCUGGUGACCACAUCACACAUAGUGUUCUUGUGCGUCCUACCAUCCCAGGUUCCUGCGAUUUCUGAGGAAGUGAAGGCUCACAUCCCUCCAAGUCUGUUCCUCUACAGUUUUGCCAGUUCAAUGCCAGCCCGCAAGCUUAGUCAGCUAUUCAAAACAACAAAUAUCAUCCGGCCUGAUUACAUUUGGGAUGAUGCUAAUAAAAAUGUAGCCUGGGACUUCACAAUCAAUGUUAGUUCAGCUUUAGAAAACAAGAGUAUUGUGGCAGCAACUUGUCCACUCAGAAGAGAACCAACGGUGAUCUCGACCAGUCAAAAGACUGCAGAGCUGAUGAUAUUUGUGUUUGUGAACAUGUGCACGCACCUGAGGCUGAGCAAGUACGAGGUUCUUGAGAUGCUGCACAUUAUCCUCUUCAACAACAUUCCCGAGUGUCAGCUGCAGCUUCAUGACUUCAUCAGGAAAUCUGCAGAUAAGGAUGAAAUGUUUCCCCCAUUCGACCUGAUCAAGGUGCUCGAUAGUCACACAGCGGUCUUAAAGCGACUGAACCAAUAUGAGCCGCUGUGGGAGGCAUAUGUGCACAAGUACAGUCACGUGUUUGAGGACUACUUGAAACAAAAACUCUACAAUGAGAUGUAUAAAACAUAACUGUGCGGAUAAUGUGGUUUUGAUACAUACAAGACCCAUUCUGGAAAAACUGGGCUUAAUGCAUGAAGUGUUGCCCCAGAUUAGCCUGUGCAUACUGCACAGGCUGUUCAGGGACAACACUUUCUGCCUAAAUUGUAUUUUCAUGCAGAAGAGACCUUCUUUAAGCAAAAAUUAUAUUACAGCGGAAAGCAUCGUCCCUGAUUUGCCUGUGCAGAAUGCACAGGCUUAUUUGGGAUGAUACUUUACAAACUUGCAUAAAGCCCAGUUUUUCUAGAGCGCGUCUCGUAGUUAUUAUGUUUUGUAAUUAUUGGUUGAUUGGAUGUAGGCUUAAGCAGCAUAAAACAAAGAAAGCUGAUGAUAAAUUUUGGCCUUUAAAUUGAGUGAACUCAUUUUAUUGUUGACUAGGAAUAUCAUUUAAUUAUAAUACUUUUAUUGCACUUUUUAGCUCACCUGUCACGAAGUGACAUGGUGAGCUUAUGUGACCAUGUGAUGUCUGGCGUCCGUAUGUGUGUGCGUGCGUGCGUGUGUGCGUCAACUAUUUGUUUGUGUAUACAGUAGAGGUCACAGUUUUCAUCCAAUCUUUAUGAAAUUUGGUCAGAAUGUUUAUCUUGAUGAAAUCUGGGUUGGGAUUGUAUUUGGGUCAUCUGGUGUCAAAAACUAGGUAACUAGGUCAAAAACUAGGUCAAAAAGUAGAAAAACCUUGUGUAGACAGUAGAGAUCACAGUUUUCAUCCAAUCUUUAUGAAAUUUGGUCAGAAUGUUUAUCUUGAUAAAAUCUGGGUUGGGAUUGUAUUUGGGUAAUCUGGGGUCAAAAAACUAGGUCACUAGGUCAAAAACUAGGUCAAAUAAAAGAAAAACCUUGUGUAGACAAUAGAGGUCGCACUUUUCAUCCAAUCUUUAUGAAAUUUGGUCAGAAUGUUUAUCUUGAUAAAAUCUGGGUUGGGAUUGUAUUUGGGUAAUCUGGGGUCAAAAACUAGGUCACUAGGUCAAAAACUAGGUCAAAUAAUAGAAAAACCUUGUGUAGACAAUAGAGGUCGCAGUUUUCAUCCAAUCUUUAUAAAAUUUGGUCAGAAUGUUUAUCUUGAUGAAAUCUAGGUUGGGAUUGUAUUUGAGUCAUCUGAGGUCAAAAACUAGGUCACUAGGUCAAAUUAUAGAAAAACGGUCAACAAUUUGUUUGUGUAGACAGUAGAGGUCACAGUUUUCAUCCAAUCUUUAUGAAAUUUGGUCAGAAUGUUUAUCUUGAUGAAAUCUGGGUUAGGAUUGUAUUUGGGUCAUCUGGGGUAAAAAAACUAUGUCACUAGGUAAAAAACUAGGUCACUAGGUCAAAUAAUAGAAAAACCUUAUGUAGACAAUAGAGGUCACAGUUUUCAUCCAAUCUUUAUCAAAUUUGAUCAGAAUGUUUAUCUUGAUGAAAUCUGGGUUGGGAUUGUAUUUGGGU